CCAGAAGCCAAAAAGUAACGUCAGAGUGCGAUUUGACAUGUAUGUCAGCUAACCCUGUAUGGUUUACAAGUUGUGUGUGUAUGCUCGGUUGCAUGUGUGUAUGUACCGACCGCCGCUUGUCCGUGGGUUUGCUGUAAGGAGUGCUGUUGUCUCUUAAAAGAGUAGCACCAUGGCAAUGUGGAUCCAGGCCCAGCAGCUGCAGGGUGAGGCACUGCACCAGAUGCAGGCGCUGUACGGCCAGCACUUCCCUAUUGAAGUGCGACACUACCUGGCCCAAUGGAUUGAAAGCCAGCUUUGGGACUCAGUGGAAUUGGACAGCCCAGCAGAGGAGGGCAAAGCCAAGCGUCUUCUGGACAACCUGGUGGCCGAGCUGCAGAGGAAAGCCCAGGUUCAGGGAGGAGAGGAUGGCUUUCUUCUCAAGAUCAAGCUUGGUCACUAUGCCAACCAGCUCAAGAGCACUUAUGACCGCUGUCCUUUGGAGCUUGUGCGCUGCAUUAAACACAUCCUCCAGUCAGAGCAGAGACUGGUCCAAGAAGCUACAAAUGCUAGCUGUGGGAGUGGUGGGCAGGCCAUGGACACCCUGUCCCAACGCCACCAACAGAUCAACCAGGCAUUUGAAGAGCUCCGCUUGGCCACACAGGAAACUGAGAAUGAACUGAGAAAGCUGCAGCACAGCCAAGAAUAUUUUAUCAUCCAGUACCAGGAAAACCUGCGCAUCCAAGCCCAGCUGAGCAGCUUGUCUUCACUACCUCCAGCUGAGCGCACCCAGCGGGAGACCACCCUACAGAGCAAGCGAGCCACUGUGGAGGCCUGGCUUACCAGAGAGGCCAGCACAUUACAGAAAUACAGGCUUGAUCUGUCAGAACAACACCAAAAGACACUGAGCCUCCUGAGGAAGCAGCAGACUGUGAUCCUGGAUGAGGAGCUCAUUCAGUGGAAGAGGAGGCAGCAGCUCGCUGGCAAUGGGGCCCCUCAUGAGGGGGGGCUGGAUGUUCUUCAGUCUUGGUGUGAGAAGCUGGCUGACCUCAUCUGGCAGAACCGGCAGCAGAUAAGGCGCUGUGAACAUCUUACUCAGCAGCUUCCUUUGCCGGGCCCCAUGGAAGAGCUGCUGACCAAACUCAAUGCUGACAUCACUGAUAUCAUCUCUGCCCUGGUUACCAGCACCUUCAUCAUUGAAAAGCAGCCACCACAGGUUUUGAAGACCCAAACCAAGUUUGCAGCCACAGUCCGUCUUUUGGUGGGUGGGAAGCUCAAUGUCCAUAUGAACCCACCUCAGGUGAAGGCUGUCAUUGUAAGCGAGCAGCAGGCAAAAGCUUUAUUGAAGAAUGAGAGUACACACAGUGAAAGCAGUGGAGAAAUCCUCAAUAACAACUGUGUGAUGGAGUAUCACCAGGCUACUGGUACCCUCAGUGCACACUUUCGAAACAUGUCACUGAAGCGGAUCAAGCGUUCAGACCGCAGAGGUGCAGAAUCAGUCACGGAGGAGAAGUUCACAGUUCUGUUCGAGUCCCAGUUCAGUGUUGGGGGCAACGAGCUUGUCUUUCAUGUCAAAACCUUAUCCUUGCCUGUGGUUGUGAUCGUCCACGGGAGUCAAGACAACAACGCCACAGCAACAGUCCUGUGGGACAAUGCCUUUGCUGAGCCGGGCAGAGUACCAUUCAUUGUUCCAGACAAGGUGCUGUGGCCCCAGUUGUGCGAGGCCCUCGACAUGAAGUACAAGGCAGAGAUGCACAGCGGGCGUGGCCUAUCGGAAGAUAACUUGGUCUUCCUAGCACAGAAGGCUUUUACAAGCAGCAGCAAUAACCCUGAGGACUACCGCAACAUGACUAUAUCCUGGGCCCAGUUCAACCGGGAGAGCUUACCUGGGCGUAAUUUCACCUUCUGGCAGUGGUUUGAUGGAGUUGUAGAGCUCAUGAAGAAACAACUCAAGCCUCACUGGAACGAUGGGGCCAUUCUAGGCUUUGUAAAUAAGCAGCAGGCACAGGACAUGCUGCUAUCCAAACCAAACGGCACCUUUCUGCUGCGAUUCAGCGACUCUGAAAUUGGAGGUAUCACCAUCGCCUGGGUUGCUGAAAACCCCAACAAACAAGGUGAGAGGCUGGUCUGGAAUCUGUUGCCUUACACAACCAAGGACUUCUCCAUUCGCUCCCUGGCUGACCGCAUCAGUGAUUUAAAUCAUCUUCUGUAUCUCUACCCGGAUCGGCCCAAAGAUGAGGUCUUCGCCAAGUACUACACCCCUCCGCUUUCAAAAGCAGUGGAUGGCUAUGUAAAACCACAGAUAAAACAAGUUGUGCCAGAAUUCACCACGCAGAAUCCAGAACCAAGUGGAGGAGCUCCUUCAUUCAUGGACCAGACAGCUUCUCCCUCUGUGAGCCACCCCAACAACUUUGGUGUUUUCACUUCCAUGAAUGACAGCAUGUUAGAUCCAGAUGGAGACUUCGACCUGGAGGACACAAUGGAUGUGGCUCGUCAUGUGGAGGAACUGCUCCGCAGGCCAAUGGCCAAUCAGUGGAGCAACCAGCAGCCCUGAACCAGAAACCUGAACCUGCUGUUCACCUUCAGGUUUUCUCUGUCUAGAAAGUUCAGUUUUGCCUCCUACAGAGAGAGAGAGCACAUCUGUCAAUGAAUAGUCUUUUACAUACCUAAGUGUCGCUAGAGUCAAUGUUACUGGCGUUCAAAGGAAGCUUAAUGUCCUCUCUCGCUUGCCAUAGUUUCUCAGGGCUGCCAUGCAGAGCUAGUUUUGGUCAUUGAAAUUUUUUUCAAAGCUAACAACUCGUUUUCUUUACCUUAUACACAUUUAACAAUAGUUAAUGUGACUAAGUGCUGAUAAACUGAAUCUAUUUUUUAUUACAGAAAAUAUUUGUCGAUAUUAUUUAAUUAUUGUAUAGAAAAUGGAAAAAAUGGAAAAUCAACACCCUAAAGUGUGACUAUGUAACUUUUGCCUGACAUCAGCCUAACAUUGAGACUCAUGUUGAACCCCUACAUAGUUGUAUCUUAAGGCCAGUUUCCAGCCCAACCUUAAUAUAUGGAUAUAUUUUACCAUCAUUGAUACUGUAGUUGAUUUUAAUCAGAGGAAUUCUAUCAUCAGACCUAUUUGAUGCAUGAAUGAUACACAUAUACACUGAUCAGGCGUAACAUUGUGGCCAUCUUUCUUAUAUUGUUUCUGGCCUGGUUUACUUAGUUUUACCUUUGUGGUGAAACUACUGAAAUGUUUUGUAUAACGGGAUAAAACAUUGCAUAACAGUAGCAAAGGUUGUCAGAAAUUUGCUAACCUCAGUGACAUGUUCAUGUUCAAGUUUAGCCACUGUGAGCAUCUGGUCACAUCAGACCAAAUAAUACUGUAGCAGCAAAACCCUGAGUUUCCCUUUUUGGGGCAAAAUUAUUGUUUUUAUUAAUCUCUUCUCGCAAAGGUUACAUAGUCUUGCUCUAAGUAGUGAAAAUAGAAUUCAGCAUUUCUAACUUCUAUAUUUUAUACUUUCUUGAAAUGCUUCUGUUGUAUUUUUUAUUACGCCGCCUUACUGCCAGGGUUGGGUAUUGUUUGGAUUUUAACGGUUCCGAUUCUGCUUCUCAAAAUCAGCUAAUAUUUCUGGACAUUUGUUGGUUGGUAUCACUAAAGGUCACAUGCUCAUUAGAAUAUGGCUUUGACAUUUGAAUAUGAAUUUUUAUACAAAAAUGUUUAAUCGAUUCAUUUGUACCAUCGGUUGGACAAAACAUCAACGUUACUUGAGACCCUGGAUUAUAGGGAUUGCAUUAUUGGUAUUUACAAACCAAGUAAUUUAUUGAGAAUAAUCUCCACAUAAAUGGACUGAAAUUAAUACUCAGUCACCUCAGAGUUCCAUAUCAAACAACUACAACAGUAAAAUCCUUUGACAUGAAUGCACUAAUAAUAAUAAUACAGUCGUGUAAAUCUAAUAGUAAACCAGUAACAAGGUCAUUUAUUUGCAUUGAGAAAGGUAUUUUAUUCUAAAGGAGUGGUUCAGUUACUAUAGUAGCAUGUGUCUAAGUAGGCAUAGUAGACACUCAGAGUGCAUUUGCUGUCUAAUAAGACAGAAAGUCUGUGUUCGUAUUUUUCACAUCCUCCUGCAUUGUUCACAAAAAAGUUGUGUGAAAUGCAGCUUACCACAGAUAAAUGUGGACUGUCAGUGAAAUUUGUUUAGGAGCCGAUAAGCAGAAUACAAAUUACAUUUUCUUCGCAAUUUAUAUAGGAAACCAAUUCCAAGUUGGAAUCUGGAUUCAAUGCCCAGCCCUACAAAAAUGGUAUUAGACUCUAAUGACAUGAUUUAAUGGAGUCAGUAUGCAAUCAUAUUGUUCUAAAUACAAAUGGUGGUACAAUAGGCUGUAGCAACAAUAAAAUAAGUAGUACCAGCUUUUGGACUGCUAAUCAUGAGAACCUUAAAUGCCUUGUUGAGGUUUCCCAGUCUAAUCAAAUUUGACCUCAAUAUAAAAUAUAGCCAUAUUAAAAUUGGCUCAUUGUCAUUUACCAAAGUCAGUUGUUCAUGCGCCUUAAAAUCCUAAAUGCAAAGGCUGAGGUCUGCUAAUGUAAUGCUUUGUGCCUUGGUGAACGUUGAUCAUUCGUUUGUGGUCAUUUAAAUGACUAAUGUUGUGUGCACAUUCAAAACGAGCCUCUUUGGAAUGGGUUGUGUUGUUAUUUGAGAUGUGCUCAUCUCUAACAACAUGCAUGAAAGCAUGUAGAAUGUAGGAUUGUGUUAAAUGGCACUAAGCUUUGGAUUUGUCAUUUUCAUAAAGAGAGCCAUGAAAAUUAAGCUAAAAACACUCGAUUCACUUCCCAUAAUAUAGCUUGCUUCCUUCUUCACACCAACAGGUACGCUGUUGUAAAUUGAUUGUGUAAAGUUUUUUUUAUAUAUAUAUUAUUAUUUUUCUUUUCUUUUUUUUUUACCAGACCUGACAGAGUCCAUCCAGAUAACCACUGCUUUCUCAGGCUGCACAGACCAUGAUUUGUAACAGAUAUGUGAAUGAGGUAGUUUACAAUUUGGGAGAAAAUAUCUGGUGUCAGGAUGUGCUCAUUGUUAAGACUAGCAACUUUCAGAAUAAAAGGAGUGGAGUUUGGUGGGGUUGAGAUAUAUAUGUAAUAUUUAUACCCACAAAAUAGUGGUUAAAUCUGUGCCUGGAAAACAUGAGAUUACUUGUCUCUGCUGUGCUGCACACGACCGAGUGACCAUCUGCAAAUCAGACUAAAUAUAAAUUACAUACAGUGAAAGUCUGUGAAGUGCAGACCAGGUUUUCCAUCAAUUGACUGCUUUUGCCCUGUAAAAGUGACUUAAAAUAUAUAUAUAUAUUUAUAAAAAUGCAAGUUCAAAUGUUCAGUAAUAGAGCGUACAGAAUAAAACGAUAACAAAGGCUAUGGGCCAUGGUUAUGGAGAUUUAAGUGCUUCUUUAUUCAGCGAGCUGGGAUAGGCCCUCUGCGGGGAGAGCCUUCCUACAGGAUGGAAUCACUGUGAAGUUGUCUGGAGGAGGCCAGAGUGACCUGGUUAAUGUGCACUUCAAGCUGGAAAGACACAGCAGAGCAGUUAACUGCAAUGAAAAUCCUGGUAGUCUGUCAUCUUUUAACGCUUUAAUGCUGCCUUCUUGGCCAGGCCUUGCUUGUAAAAGAGAUAUUUUUGAUCUCAAGCAAUCUGCCUGGUAAAAUAAAGUAAAUAAGUAAACAGGUUUCAGAUUUUAUAGGUUACACGUGUCUCGUAAUAGCCCACGUUUAACUGGUUGAUUUUUAGGUUAGAGAUUCUGCUCUUGAUUUUUGGGAAGUCAUUGAGUAUACUAUUCCCCAGCAGUGGAUGACAAGUUUCUAAUUAGGUCAGCAAAAUAAACUCCUCAGACAGUAGACUUGCAUGAAAAAAAAAAUAAAAAAUGGAUCAAUCAUGGAAUUUACACUUACACUCUAGUUUUCAAUCCAGCAUACAGGAGUCUCUUUUUUAUUUAUUUUAUUUUAUUUGUUUGAGCAUAUAGCUCAUAAUAAAAUCUAGGUUCAAGUGGAAAAUAAGUAAUAGCCUACUUUUAUUUGGAAUAUCAUGUAUAUUGAGAAAGUGCAAAUUUACCCUUAAAUUGGGCUAAAUAUAAUGUUUUGUGCACACCUCAUGUGUUAUGUGUUUAUGUGUGUUUAGUGUUCAGAUAUAGCACUCAAUAGUGAGAGUCGUGGUUUGGAAUUUAAAACAAACCUGAAAAUACAUCUAAAAUGAGCUUGAGGGAACAGCUUUUAUUUCUGCAAAUCCAAAGGGAGCUUGGCAUUUAGUCCAUGUAGCUAAACCCGACUAAAACUUAAAACUAUUCAUCAUUUUCAACAGUUGGUUUUGAUGGAACAUUUAGUCCUCCUCCAACAUAAGUGGACAUAACAAGUUGCUGUUUUUAACUAGUGUCACUUGGGACUGUGGUAGUUAAGGAGAAUGACUAUCACAUUUUAUAGAAAAUCAUAAACACAUCCACAUGCAAAAAUAGAGUAUUUUCUCACAAUGGAACUUUUAAGUGCUUCAUAUGUGCUUUACUACAGUUGUUAUACUUGGACUCAGACUUCACUUUGUACUAUUUUCAGUCAGAAUACUUAUUUUCUCUGCCCAGAAUAACUAGACAGUAGCAAGCGGGGGUUGCAGACAACAGUUUUCAUCAUUACUGAUGAAUCAACAGUUAUUUUUUCCUUUAUAAUUUACUAAUGCCCAAAGUUACAUCUUUAACUCUGUUCUCCCUAACCAGCAAUCCAAAAUACAUGUCUACUGUAGGCAUUUCUUUGGAAAAAAUGGGAACUUGGAUAAUAAACGAUCUAAGUAGUUGCUAAUACUUCAGACUAUCUGCAUCAGCUUCAUUCUGUCAUACUCACGUCCUUAAAACGAAUCAGUAGAUAUACAUACAGUAUGAAUCUUUUUUUGCAUUCUCUGCGAUGACGCGAUAAUCUCUGCAGUUUUGUGUCUUGUGGAUUGUUAAGGGACAGCACUAUUUUCAAAGCCAUGCUGUUAACACUGCGCUACGUCUACCAGCCUCAACCAAGGAACGUUUGACACAGAAUGAAAAUUCAUCCAAUAAACGUCAGGAAAUAUCACUGUGAAAUAAAGAGAGCAGUGAAAAAUGUCUGGAAUAUAGAUGGGAUUGUUUUUUAACUCUUUCUAUUUUUUUAUGAGACUGUUUGACAGCUGAAACACAUACUUUCGUUGUUUUGUUUUUAUUUUUUAUUUUUAGUCGAUCCGCAAACGUGAACAAGCACUUUUAUGCUCACACCAUCAGUUAUUUAACAUUCUUGCCUUGCUGAUGCGGUAAUUUGCUGUUUGUAUUGAAUCAAUUUAAUGUAAAGUUUUAUAUGUUCAGUGUAAAUCAGUUUUCAAGCUUUCAGCUGCUGUGUGUUUCCUGUAUUCAGUACAGUGUGUGGUCUGUCUGGGGAUUUACUUCAACUUUGUGCUACAUUUUACUUGAAGAUUGGAAUAAAGUUUUUUUUCUAAUUAA